GUGCGACUGUGUGUCAGUGUUGGUGUAGUCUGUGCAUGUAUGACAGUCGAGAGGAUUGUGUUGUGUCGUGAAGAAAAACAGGAACAUCUUAAACAAUGGCCCAAAGUAGGCUUGAAAGGAUUGGAACCAUCUAUUCGAGGGUUUCUUCACUGAUAAAAGGUGGAGCUAUGAAACCUGAGGACAGACCCUUGUGGUUCGAUCUCUACACAGCAUUUCCACCGAAAGUGGAGCCCAGGUAUGACAGGGUGGCUCCUAAUAUUCCCGUUCGAGACAUUUUUUAUAAGGAGGAUCCCAUUCGAGCGAAAUUUCAUAGAGAGCACGGUAGACUCACAAUGAAUUUGCAGUCGCAUGGCACCCAAUCACAAACUCAGAAAUUUCUUCACGUGUACAAUGAAUUGGCCAAGAGUGGAAUACCAGAAUCAGAAGUUUAUGAAAAAGCAGUUGAGAAAUGGACGCAGGAGAAUAUCGAAGCCAAAUCAGCAAGAUCCAGUCAGCAGAGCGAGACUACAACUGAUAAACCUCGUGAUUCAGUAGAAAAACCGACCAUAGUCAUAAGUGAUAUUUUUAAAGAAUUAGAUAAUAAAUAAUUCACUCUGUCGUGAAAAUACUUUUGAUUUAAUACUCGAUUGUAUAAGUCAAUGGAAACAAUAAAACCCUCAGAAGGAAAAAAA